UGCCCCAUCAUUGGUGUCAGUGGGAGGAAUAGUGCCCCAUCAUUGGUGUCAGUGGGAGGAAUAGUGCCCCAUCAUUGGUGUCAGUGGGAGGAAGAGUGCCCCAUCAUUGGUGUCAGUGGGAGGAAGAGUGCCCCAUCAUUGGUGUCAGUGGGAGGAAGAGUGCCCCAUCAUUGGUGUCAGUGGGAGGAAGAGUGCCCCAUCAUUGGUGUCAGUGGGAGGAAGAGUGCCCCAUCAUUGGUGUCAGUGGGAGGAAGAGUGCCCCAUCAUUGGUGUCAGUGGGAGGAAGAGUGCCCCAUCAUUGGUGUCAGUGGGAGGAAGAGUGCCCCAUCAUUGGUGUCAGUGGGAGGAAGAGUGCCCCAUCAUUGGUGUCAGUGGGAGGAAGAG